CCAUACGCUUUCUGAGCCCAAAUUGUUCGAGGACAAUGAUCAAAUAGUCAAAUUGGUCGAGAACAAUUAUCCUAGGGAACUUCUUAAGAGUCCUAAAAAUCACCAGAUAUAUGCAUUUAACCUAAAAUCAAACAAUAACGGUUUCACCGACAGGUAAAAUAGUUCAUUGUCACUAGUACACAAAAAUUCUGGUUAUUCGAAUGAAUGAAUAUUAAUAUUACAAUUUCCACACAUAUGUACUGAUAAAUUAAACAAGUUGUUUGACAAAAUAAAAUAAAGUGUAUACAAAAUAAACAAGAACUUAGGUGAUCCGUCAGACCGUCACCACGCACCUGUCAACUUCUCUUUUAUCCACAAUCCUCAUAUUCUAAAACCCUAAUUUUUUAAUUAAUCCCCACCAAAAGAUUCGUCCUUUCAAAAGACCAAAACGAAAACAAGGCAAAACAUGAGAAAGCAAGAGCCACACAAAUUAAAAGACCGUUAGAAAAGAGCAACGAACUUUUUAGCUCACCAAAUCAAACCCAAUUUCACAUUGAGAGCCAAACACGAAACUUAUGCGUCUUGAUUCCUUCUUCUCUCAGUUCACAUUCUUCACCUACUAAUUAACUAACAACUUCAUUAUUUGUAAUCUCUCUUUCUCUUUCUCUCUGCAAAAAUUAUACACACUCUGUUUCUUUGUUCCCUCUUUGUCACUAUGAACCCUACUUCUUCUUCUUAUAAUCUCACGGCUGCUGCCGUUUUCGUUUCCUCUUCUUGUUUCGGAAGCGACGAGCCUCUGGUUCCUAGGAGGCUGUUUUUCUUGAGAGAUGUUCAGAUUCUUGAGCUCUUUAUUGCCCUUUUAGUGUUUGUGACAAUACAUUCCUUGCGCCAGAAGAAACAUCAAGGGAUGCCCGUUUGGCCGUUUCUUGGCAUGCUUCCCUCGUUGAUUUCCGCGUUCCGAAGCAACAUAUACGAAUGGCUAUCUGAGGUUCUUAUCAGCCAAAACGGGACAUUCCGGUUUAGAGGUCCUUGGUUUAGCACCCUCAACUGCGUUGUUACCUGCGACCCAAGAAACGUUGAGCAUCUUCUCAAGACCCGUUUCUCUAUCUAUCCUAAGGGUUCUUACUUCCGUGAGACCAUGCGAGAUCUACUCGGAGACGGGAUUUUCAACACCGAUGAAGAAACGUGGCAACAACAAAGGAAAACAGCAAGUGUCGAGUUCCAUUCGGCUAAAUUCAGACUGUUAACCAGUCAAUCAUUGCACGAACUUGUGCAUAAUCGACUUUUGCCGGUUCUAGAAACUUCCGGCAAUAUCGAUCUUCAAGACAUUUUGUUAAGACUAACGUUCGACAAUGUAUGCAUGAUUGCUUUUGGGGUCGAUCCAGGCUGUCUUAGUCCAAAACUACCCGAAAUUCCUUUUGCAAAAGCCUUCGAGGAUGCAACAGAAGCAACAGUUGUGAGAUUUGUGAUGCCUAAAUUCGUGUGGAAGCUCAUGAGGUCUCUUAAUUUAGGAACGGAGAAGAAGCUAAAGAAAUCAAUAAAAGGUGUGGAUGAUUUCGCUGAAGAAGUAAUCCGGAGGAGGAAGAAACAGAUGUCUCUAGAGGCUGAAAUCUCGAAGAGACCUGAUCUCUUGACUAUCUUUAUGGGUCUACGAGACCAAAAUGGACAGAAAUUUUCAGAUAAGUUUUUGCGCGAUAUUUGUGUGAACUUCAUACUUGCUGGGAGAGACACUUCCUCCGUGGCUUUAAGCUGGUUUUUCUGGUUAAUCGAGAAGAAUCCGGAAGUGGAGGAGAAAAUCAUGAUGGGAAUUUGCAAGAUUCUUGAGCAGAGAGAUGAUCAGGGAGAUGCAAAGAAGAACAUGGAAUAUGAGCCUGUGUUCAGACCAGAAGAGAUCAAGAAAAUGGAUUAUCUACAAGCUGCUUUGUCUGAGACUCUCAGAUUGUAUCCUUCUGUUCCAGUCGAUCACAAAGAGGUACUUGAAGACGAUAUAUUUCCAGAUGGGACCAAAUUAAAAAAAGGAGAAAAAGUUAUAUACGCAAUAUACGCCAUGGGACGCAUGGAAACAAUUUGGGGGAAAGACUGUCGUGAGUUCAAACCAGAAAGGUGGUUAAGAGAUGGCCGAUACAUGAGUGAGUCGGCCUAUAAGUUUACGGCCUUCAAUGGCGGUCCUCGGCUAUGUCUAGGCAAGGAUUUUGCGUAUUAUCAAAUGAGAUAUGUUGCGGCCGCGAUUAUCUACCGAUAUAGGGUCAGGGUUGAUGAUAAGGGAGGUCAUAAGGUUGAGCCAAAGAUGGCUCUAACUAUGUACAUGAAGCAUGGAUUGAAGGUGAAUAUGGUCAAGAGGAGUGUCUCUGAGAUAGACCACUACUACUGCUGAGUGGCUGCCAUAAAGGGUAUAAAAUUGGUGUAUAUUGAUUCAUGUUUUGACAUUUAAUUUAUGAAAUGUAACAAGUGAUUGUUGUUUUUGGGUGGUUUGGUAGUUAAGUUGUUUAUAUUCUGUGGGGUUUUAUAGUAAUUAAUGGUAACUUGCGACAUAAUGUAUUAUUCUACAAAGAGUCCAUAUUUUUGUCA